AAAGGCGAAACUCCCGCCCGGCGACGACUCCUGCAGUGUUGUGACAGCCCCGCCCGCCCCGCCCCGCCCCGCCCCUUGCUGCUGCCCCGACCCCCGAGGCACCUGCUGCUGUCACUGUCUGGAGUCUAGAUGCAGGGCAAUUUGGAUGGCCUGUGGGGCCCAACAAAGGCAAGGGAUGUGGAGACGUCCUCACUGAGUUUUGAAGACUCGUUCUCCCCACCCUGCAGCGAGCUUGAGACUGAUUCGCCAGACUCCAGGAAUGCAGAAAAGUAUGUCCCUCUGCAAGACUCACCUCAGUACCUGGCAGGACUGGAGGGCAAGCUGGCGCGCCUUCGAGGCCGCACGGAGUCCAGCAGGAAGACAGAAAGUCGCCGGCUCCUGGACGCCCUGGCUGGCUCCAGAUCCUGCCACAUUGCACAGCUGAUGCAGGACACCAACACACCCACACUCCCUGCAGCUGACCAGAGUGACCCCACACCCUCCUCCUUGGCAUCCACCAUUGACCCACAAGGUGCUUUGGGUGCUAUGCUGAGGAGGGUGGUGCCUGACAGGGUAGCCCUCACACCUGAAGAACUCUGUCACCUGCUUCAGUCUGACCUGCUGGCCCAGAUGCAUGAGUCAGAGCUUGAGGGAGAGGCGCCUUGUGAGACUGCCAUCACCAGCAACAUAAAGGACCAAGACACUGCCCUUACUCACUCCUCAGGGGCGCUGGAUACCAGGGAACCCUCAUCAGACGAAGGGGAGAAGUGACUUAUGUUUGUGUAUUGACUUGCAGUAAAGCAGACAGACCAAAAAGUUAGUAAAAAUAUAAUCCCAGUCUUGCGAGGAGGCGCCAGGUGCUGCACUGACUGGGACUUUAGAUACUGGAGAACUCGCAGCAGAUGGAAAGUGAUUUUUUUAUAUUAUUAUUAUUUUUGUUUUUUCUGCAGUAAAGGUGAAAGAGCAAGGGAUGAAUAGAAAUUAAAUACCAGCCAUGCUAGGGAGGCAACAUUCAGCACUCAUUCCUGGGAACCCUUGCCUGAUGGAAAGAGAACUAAUUUUAUUUUAACAAUAAAAGACAGACUACAUAUUAUAGAAAGAGGAGAAUUGCCACAACACACUGCUCUUGCAAAUAAAACAGAUGCCGAACAAGACCAAGGACUAAAUGAAAAUGGCUGUGAAGUUGCAUGAAUGAUAUCCAAAGGUGAUCAAAUUUAGUUUCAGAAGUGUCUUGAUACCUCGCUACAGAAAGAGUUGCAGUCAUGAGGAGGCAGUGUAGAAUACAAAGAAAAUGAUUAUCCAAAGUUGCUUCCACAAAGAGAAUAAAAGAUACCAAAAUAGAUUAAAUUUAGUUAAUCGUGGCCUCUGUUCCUCUUCUGUUCUAAAUACUAGUGGAUUCCUUUGGGCCAUCAGAGACAGUCAACUUGUGCUACGUCAUGUUGAGUAGCAGUGGAUUGUAAUUUCCUGCCUUCAAGAAUUCUGGCUGUUGGGAUUUCUCGAUGACUGGAAUUUGCUUACUUUCACUGUCUGCAGAAGUAUUUACAAAAUAACUAGAAAAUACUUGAAAAAUGUUCCUUCUACAGAAAGAAUAGAAGAUGCCAUAAGGCAGCUUUCUCGCCAAAGUGGCACGUCGCACGUGGCAAAUGGCAGGAGGCAAGUGGCAAGUGACACGCGGCACAGUGCUGUCACACCAAAGUGGCUUGUAGUGCACGUCACUGCUCAUUUCACAAGCUGGAAUCGUCAGAGGAUGAGGCAGACAUAGUUGGUGUGAUCGGUGCUGUAGUUGCCUGGAGGAGACACAAGAGGAAAAGGUGCUGGAUACACCCGUAGCUGAAAGAUAAUGUUGGGGCUCACAGUGCCUCAAGCUGUAAUCUGCUCAUGUUGUGUCAUAUGAACAGCUGAGGGCUCCUACAACUUGAAAGUAGAUGUUAAAAGCCUCACCCUCUGGAAGAGAAAUACUCGUGAUCGCUUCACUGCGGACUGCACACCCUAGCCUCCUCAUGGGCGACCGAGGCAGUGCUGUCUAAUGUGGCUGGAAUAAAUCUGUUAGAUGACUUCAGAAUUACUCUACAUAUGUCAUAUAUCCACAGGAUUUUUUGUUGUUGAAUCUUUAAUGUCAUUUGUAUUAAUAUGAUUAAUAUUAUCUUGGUUAUUAAUCACUUUGGGUGUGAGAACUCCAUUAAAAUUGUGACAACACUGUCCGAGGUGGCACGCCGCAUGCUGAGAAGAAAACAGUCUGGUCCCAUCUUGGAGUGGCAAGCAAGUUGCACGUGGCACAGGCAACGUGUCACGCCACUCCUGUGUGAAGGUCUGACUUGAUUGUGGACGUUCGUUUUCAAGUGGCAUGUGACGUGCCACUUUGGUGUGAAAGCUGCCUAGGAUCAGAUAUGUUGUGAUGCUGCCCCAUAGAAAACUAGUCGUGGGAAGGAGGAAGUAGAAGAGAAGGAAGGCAGUUCCAGCAUUUAACAAUGAGAGCUGAAAGAGUAGUCAUUGGUUAACUCUUGCAUCAGUAGGCUGGACAGCAUUGGUAUGAGCUUGAGGAGAGUCUUGUAAAGCAGACCCAUGGGAGGGGCGGAGGUAUUCCUUCCUCUUCUUCACUGGUGUUGUUGAUGAGCAAAACUCAGUGAUGUUAGUGUAUAAUGAAUGUAGCAUUACAUAAUAAAGAUCAAACACAUUGAGAGAAAAUGUAUUGUAACAUCAUCAUUCUGUACUUUUUUGAGGAGGAAAUGUGAGGAUCAUGUUUUAACUUUCUUAAGGUUGAGCUGCACAGAAAAACUAAAAUGUGUUUGAGUUUCUUUUGCUGUGCUCCCUCUCACCUAACCUUUGCCGGGAUGGGACUGGGAGAAACUCACCAGCAGGCUGGUACAAUGCCGAGCUCCCAAGGCAAACCCCAAGACUAUGUAUGAUAUGAUUGAUUGAGAUAUGUAUUUAACGGCCUAGAAAAGUAGUAGUAGAAGUGGUAAUAGUAAUAGUAGUAGUAGUAGUAGUAGUAGAAGUAGUAGUAGUCAGGGAUGGGCAGUAUCGCGAUACAUCUAUUGGCGGUAUCAUCGAUGCCUGCUCGUUGGAGCUCCCACCAGGGGAUGGCCACGGCAGAAGAGUUUCCAACUUUCUCUAUCAGGACACUCCCUCCUUGCCUGCUCAAAGUUUCUCAAAGAUCUUUCCCCCCUCUCCCAAACGUACUCUUGCACCCUAUCCCUCCAUUUCACUGGAGGUCCUCCUCUAGCAUUCCCUCCCUCUAUCUCACUCACAUGCACCCUUCUGGUCAUCUUACUCUCCUCCAUUCGCUCCAUGUGGCCAAACCACUUUAAAGUCUGUCGCUUCACUUCUUCCACCACUCCACACUUCUUCCCUUCACCCCCGUGACACAUUCCAAAACGCUCGUCCACACUUUCAUUACUCAUUCCAUCCAUUCUACUCACAUCACAAGCACUCCUCAAAUAACUCAUUUCCACUGCCUGCACUCUAGACCUCUGACUUUCAUUCCACUUACUUUUGUACUGGUAUCAGUAUUGCCUUAGCUACUCAAUGACAGUAUCGUUAUAUCGGUAAAGCUAAGGCCUUCUCCUCAAAACAUUAAAAAAAACAAGACAUUGAUAAAUUAACAUAACCAAUUUGCUAUUAGAGUUCUGAAUUGCGAAGGUCCAUCAUCACUAUUUCUUAUUUACAAUUAUUAUUUGUUUCAAGUAAUACUAUCGUGUCUGUCAUACACUUACAGUGUGUACAUUUGUUUUUCAUGCUGUGAGAAUAAGUAAAAAGAGUUUUAUUCA